AUGGCUGCGCAAAGUGGGCAGAGGUUGCCCGGUCUGGGUCGAUGGGUGGUCGUGGCGGUGGCCUUGGGACUGGUGACCUUGGGGCCGGAUCAUGGGCUCGGAGGGCCGUGUGCCCCAAUCCGAGGUUUCGUCGAGAGCCUCUCGAAGGGCCGCGUGCUCAAAAUGGGCCCCUCAGAGAGAAGCCUGGCUCGCAGGGCGCGCGUGGACGGCGAGUACGGUGUGCUGCCGGAGCCGCCCUCACCGCUGAUCGAGUUGGAGGAGAAGGAUCCCGUUCUAGAGGCCCUGAUCACUGUGGUCCAGGCUGCGGACAAGAAGCGUGGUGUGGACAUCAGCGCCUUUUGGGUGAAGGAGGGCUUUGAAAUGAUCGUAAUGAUCACGGCCCUGUCCCGCCCGCAGCUGCAAGCCAUCGCCGGAGAGAUCGAGAACAAGAUGCGACACGAGUUACGAAUGAAGCGCCGAAAAAGCCAGUGGCCAGGGCAGACCAUCCGUGACGAGGCGGCAAACGGAUGGUGCUGCAUGGUGUAUCCCCGCAUGACCAUCAACAUCAUGACCCCGGUGCAGCGAUCUUACUAUGAUAUUGAGAGCAUUUGGAGGGAUGACAACGAGGAUUAUGAGAAGGUCCCCCUGCAGGAAGUACUUAGAGAAGAAGGCUUCGGCAAUCUCAGGGUGACCAAGGGGCUCCAAGAUCCAAACGACAUCACCCCAAGGAGGACAGAGGAUGCGGAAAUCCCACCUUCUGAGUACGAGCCAUUUGACGACGAUGAUGACCUUUACGAAGAAGACGAGGAUGAUCCUUUCUGGUCUUGA